AUCCAGCUGAUUGACUGAGCCAUUACUGAGCUUACUGGGCUUGCGCGAUUUUAUUGCUCAGCAAUCAGCUGGCCCUCUGUAUAGUCAUCAGAAUAAUUUAUUAUGUUAAAAAUGCAGUCAAAGUCAGUCUGAUGAAUCAUGUUGUAGAAGUUAAAAGAAGACGCACUGGCAAGGUUUAAUCGGUACUGUAUACCGCGGCGAAACUGCUUGUGUGAGCGGUGCCUGGUAUGAGUGAAAUUAUGGCAGAACUACCUCAGCUGGGUAAACACUGUCACGUGGAAUCAUGCAAUCGAUUAGAUUUUUUACCUUUUGAGUGUGUGCACUGCAAGAAAACGUUUUGUGUUUCACACAACCCUGUCAACAGCAGUGACCAUCGUACGUCGGAUGCGCAUGUGUGCGAUCAAGUGCAGACCCACAUUCUUACUGACAAAGAGGCCAAGUGCAGUAGGACUGGAACACUUUUCGGAUGCACAUUUAGUGAGUGCACACAAAAGGAGCUGACUCCGAUAGCCUGUGGACUCUGCGCAGCUAAUUUCUGCGUGCGGCACCGCCACGCUCAGGACCACAAAUGCAAAUGCCUCCCAUCACAAUCGGAGCACAUGCCCCUUACCACAAAGGUGGUCCAGAAAAUAUUAGAGUCAAAGAAGCCAGUUGAAAAACCCAUGUCAAGCAAAGCAAGCAUAUCUCCAACUGCACAGAAGGUGAAACUGAUGAAAAUGAAGAUGCAUGCUGCUGGUGAAAAAAAUGUCCCCCUUGCCGACAGGGUGUAUUUUGAAGUAUACUUCCCAAAAGGUCACAAGGUUCGCUCAAAGCCCUAUCAUUUUUCCAAGUUAUGGACAGUGGGGAGAGCAAUUGACAGCACUGCUAUAAUUGAGAAACUUCCAAACCAGAACAACAGGCUGACCGAAAAGAGAUUGCUGCUGUUCCAUGCAAGUACCUUGAAGGCACUUGGUGUGAGCGACAGCUUUGAGACACUGUUGAACUCCAAGCUCCUCAAUGAAGCAGAAACAUUAGUUCUUGAAUAUGUUCCUCCAAACUGUGAUUCAUUGGCAGCUGACUAUCAUUUUGAGGAAACUUGAGCAUCUGCCAUCUCUAGAUAGGGAGCAACGUUUUGAAUAGAGGUUCAUGUGUCUUGCAGGACUUCUCUAGGUAACUGUGCGUUUCGUUGUUGCAAUAUGUAUGUAGCUCUACAUUUGAACACAUAGUAAACUUUCACUAUAAUGAAGUGAUUCUUGAAGUUUAUUGUACUGCUUAGCACAAGGAUAAAGGUUCAGCACCUGGCCAUGGCAGCUGUAUUUCAAAAGAGACGGAAUGCAAAAAAUUCUUGUGUCCUUAUAUUUCGGUACAAGUUAAAUAUCGCUCCACUGUGGCAUUUCUCAUAGCCCAGGGGUUCCUUUAGAAUGCUAAACCUCGUCAAACAGUGAUUUUAUUACAGUCUUGACUUAGGCGUGCACAUUUAGGUGAGGUUAUACAAAGGCCAGUGACAACAGACUUCUGUGAAUAUGAAGGGCAAACUAGCAUAACAUUUCAGGCCCACAUGGAGGAGCACUGAAGGUGUUCUGUUAUGCUCCCUUUUCACUUGGUUGAUGUAAAUAGCGCUGCAAAGGUAACACCAUUGCAUCAUGCUGGCUUCUUAUAUGUUACACAUUGAUAGCUGAGGUGGAAGUAACUUCAAGAGGCCAUUGGCACUCCUAUGCCACCUGGUCAUUUCACUGUGUUUGUAUCAGUUGCAAGAGAUAAAGCAGAGGGAAGGGAACAGAAAAGGAGUGGCUCUACAGUCUACAAUAAUGACGGACAGGAGGCCAGAGGGCUCGGGAAGUAAUUGCAUACCCUGCAUGUUGCACAGUACAAUAAGAAGCAAGUGCAAGAAAUAAAAUUGCUAUAGGCUCCUGUACCUUUCAGACAACCCAUAGUAGUGCGAGUCUCCCGCGCACUGGCACAAUCGUCACUAUUCAGCACAUGUGCAUGCUUAACUUGCAACUUACAGUAGUUCUUACUUGCACAUAGAGAAUUCAAUUAAGUGAUAAUCUUCACAUCAAGAUGUCAGAGGUUUGACACCAGUAUGACAGAAGGCGAUUUUUUUUUUUUUUCUUGCUGCACUACAAGGAUUUGACACAUGGGCUUAGUCAUGAAAAACCUUCCCAAGGAGCUGUUACACACACAUUGGACACAUACAUUGUGUGUGCAGCAUACUGUAGGCACAGCCCGUGUUCCAGGUAACCUUGUUUCUCUCAGUAACACCAAUUGCAGCAGUGACUACGUGUCCAAGCUUAGGACAACUGUGGCCUUAUUCCUCAACGAUCACUUUCAGAAAUACCUCUGCAAGAUUUCUCAUUGCUAGCGCUAGGCGUGUCAGCAUCUAUGAGCAACAGCAUUCUUGGCAUAGUGCUAAGCAUGGUGUCUUAGCACAGAGCCAAGAAUACUGUUGCCUGUAGACAAGCACCUGGUGCAUCUGGCGGUUGUCAAGCAGAAUCUUCUGAAAGUGUAAGUAUCCUAAAAGUGAUUGUCCGAGAAUACUGCCUCCAAAGUUUCCACAGAAGGUCUUGGCUCUUGAAUAGAAGUUUACCAUUAAGCACUGUAAAAAGUGGCUCAAACUAGAUAUUUAGAAGGAAUAAAUUACUUGCUUCAAAGUGGUGUGCUGGCAGUGAUGUACAAGGUGCACUGUGUUGUUGGAGGAGGCACAACUAGCAGACCUGGUAAAAAUGCUGGCCAAACAUUCUUAAAAUGUUUCCUUGCACCUGAAUAAAAUUUGUCAUGUUUGAA